AUGGCCAACCCAACACCUACCACAGACACGGUGACACAACCUCCACCUCUGCCGACGCCAGCCGACGAGGACCCCGAUCUCUUCUUUCGCUUCCAGAGUCGCCGCAGCGUGGUCCACAGUACACGGGGCAUCGUGGCUUCUACGAGUCCGUUGGCGGGCCAGGCUGGUCUUGCAAUUUUAGAGGCCGGAGGCAAUGCCGCGGACGCAGCCGUGGCGGCCUCGGCCGUCCUCGCAGUCGUUGACCCACCCAUGACAGGCAUCGGCGGCGACUCGUUUUCUCUCUUCUACGACGCGCAGAGGACGCACAAAGUCCUCGGCCUGAAUGCAUCCGGGCGCACGCCACAGGCGGCCACGCGCAAGAUGGCAUGUGAAUCGAUCGGUCUCCCGUUGGGCCGCGACCGCGACAGUGAGGCCGACCAGAAGAAGAACGACGAGCAAUUGGCCGCAGCUUUGUUGCCGCACAGCUCCGUGCACGCCGUGACGGUCCCCGCGGGCGCAGCCGGGUGGGUGGAUGCGGUCGAGCAGUUUGGUUCGGGCCGCGUGACGCUGGCCGAGGUGCUGGCGCCGGCGAUCCGGUUGGCCGAGAAGGGCUUUCCGGUCAGCAAGCUGUCUGCUCAUUACUGGAAAGCGGCCGAAGAAGACCUGCGGACACGGUCACCACCGACACCGAACAUCUCGAAAAACGAAUCCCGGCCACACACGCUGCUCAAACCGGACUCCAGCAGCCCACACGGCGUCCGCGCACCGCGAGAAGGCGAGAUCAUUCACAAUACGGACUUGGCCGAGACGAUGCGGCGGCUGGCCACGCAGGGCAAAGCCGGCUUCUACGAGGGCCCCGUGGCCGAGGCGAUUGUAGCGGUGUCCAAGGCGGCGGGCGGGAUGAUGACACUCGAGGAUCUGAAAUACCACGCGUCGCUGCCGCCGGACAUCCAUGAGGCCUUGUCGAUACCGCUCGGGAGCAUCCAAGCGGCGGCGUCUGGCACCACCGACAGGAGCACGGACGCAUCCGGUCUCCGACUCUGGGAGCACCCACCCAACGGGCAGGGCAUUGUGGCCUUGCUGACAAUUGGCAUUCUCGAAGAGCUUGAGCGGACUGGCAAGAUCCCGCAUCUACGAUCGAUGCAGCACAACUCGGCCGCGUACUUGCACGUCGUUGUCAGCGCGCUGCGCAUUGCCUUUGCCGAUGCGGGCUGGUUUGUAGCCGACCCAGACACCAAAGACGCGGCGUCGACCUUUGAUCCGACGAGACUGCUGCGACCAGACUACCUAGCGGAGCGUGCGGACCUGUUCGACCCGGAGCGGGCCAUCCCAACGCCACCCCUACAUGGUGAGCCGGCAGCCGUUGGCCCGGAGGUUGUCGACGACAUUGACUGCCUCGUGGCCAGCAAAGCCACCGCGGCCUCGCCCACCACCAGCGAUACGGUUUACCUGGCCGUCACCGAUGAACACGGCAACGGCUGCUCGUUUGUCAACAGCAUGUCGGACCUGUUUGGGUCCUGUCUCGUGGUGCCAGGCUGCGGCUUUGCCCUGCCGAACCGCGGGCACAUGUUCCGCCUCGGGCCGGCCAACCACCCCAAUGUGUAUGCCGGCGGCAAGCGGGCGUACAACACCAUCAUUCCCGGUAUGGUCACACGUGAUGGUGAUGGUGAUGGGGAGCAACCGCAGCAGCAGACACUGGACACCGUCUUCGGCGUCAUGGGUGGCUACAUGCAGCCCCAGGGCCACGUCCAAGUGCUGCUCAACAUGCACGCCUUUGGAAUGGACCCACAGACGGCGCUCGAUGCGCCCCGUGUCUGUGUCGCGCCCAACUUCUUUUGGUCGCCGGACCGGGCGGCGGCGGCGGCGUCGAUGGCCGGCGGCGAGGUGUCGGGCCAGGUCUACGCCGAGGAAGGGCUGCCCGAGGCGACCAUAGACGAACUGCGGCGGCUCGGGUACACGGUGGUCGUGGUGCGGCGCUUUGCGCGGUCGCUGUUUGGGCGCGGACAGGUGAUCCGGGCCACACACGACCCGGUGACGGGCGAGCGGGUGUACAUGGCGGGCAGCGACGGACGCGGCGACGGACAUGCCGUGCCACUGAUCUAA